AUGUCGGGCCACCAUCAGAGCACCCACGACGCCACAUACCAGCCCAACACCGGCCGCUCUUUCGAUCCAUCGUACACCGUCGCCGCCGCCGCCGCCGCCGCCGGUUCUGGCGGACCACCGCUGCCCGAAUCCAGUCGAGACUACCCGCCAAGGAACUUCUUCCAUCCCUUCGCCGAGAGUACCGAGCCACGUGGCGUUCCCCGAGCCUUCCACGACGAUCAAACCUUUGCGCCCCUCCAGCACUGGGCCGAGCCGUCGUCGUCGCAGCAGGGUCAUUUCGUUCAGCGUCCACCUCAGCAACACCCCUCCUCCCUCCGCCGCCAGCAGCAUCACCCGUACGCCAGCCUCGACCACGCCAAGGCUACUCUGCCUCACCAGACCCCGCAUCACCCGCUCUCCAACGUACACGCACUGCAGACGCAUGUCCAGAGCGGUGCCGGGCACGGCGCUCUCUUCGCCGAGAUCGAGGCGCACGGCACCCGUCAGGUGUCGCGCGCGGCCUGCCUCUCCUGCCGCUCGGCCAAGCGCAAGUGCGACGGCGUCAAGCCCGUGUGCGGGCCCUGCGCCCAGCGUGGCGUCCAGGGCGAUGCGGCUCACCCCGACGGCGCCUGCGUAUACGUGGCCAGCAAACGCGGCGGUCCCAGGUUCAAGGGGAUCCGAGGUCGUGAGGCGACCAAGAAGGUGCUCAACGAACGGGAGCGCCUCAGGAUGGAGGAAGAGGAGCGGGCCAUGAGGGAGCGGGGCCGUCAGACGGCUUCAUUCAGCCCAGAAGCGGCCUCCAGUGCCGACGCCUCCGGAUUCGCUGCGUCGCAUCACGGCUCUAGUCGCAGUCGCGAUUCGGCGCCUGCGAGCACCUCUCUCACCUCGGUCUCCACCCGACCGCACAUCACCCCGGAUGGCGGGGUCAGCCCAGGCUCGGACUUGCCGAGUCUGUACAGCCGCGUCUCGAGCGAGACUGUGGGGCCGAUCUCUCCUCAGACGCCCCUGACGCCGGCUUCCAGCCGCGAUGCCUCGGCGGGCGCGGUGCCGUCGCCCAACGUUUUCGCGUUCGGCAACGAAAAGGAGGCGCUCUUCCAGAGCAACUACUUCCGCGAGCCGCACGGCGGUUGCGGCGGGCUGUUCGACGACCUCUCGGUUGCCAACUUGGAGAUGUGGCAGAACCUGCAGGGCGAGCAGGCGUCGGCGGCAGACGUCUUCGCCAACUUCUACAAGAAGCUCGAGAGCCUGCCCAAGGCAGGCGUGCUCGGCGCCAGCGGCAACAACGACGAGCCCAUCAUCGACGACUUUGAUGUCCAGUCCGCCAACGUCGACGUGACAGAAGCGUCCAAGAAGGCCGCCGCCGUCAAUUCGGAGCAGCAGACGCGCGCCCUGCUGUCCGACUACUACGAACUGGUCUAUCCGGGCUGUCCGGUGAUGCUGCCUUCGGGCCACCUCUCGUCCUUGGCGUUCCACCUAUCCGACGACGACUCGUCAGCUCUGCUGGCUGCGAUCUCUUCGUGCGUUGCCCUCCAGCUGCCGCAGUCCGAGGUCCACCGCAUCGUCCGCGGCAGCAUGCACCUCACGCAUCCCGACGACAAGGAGGCCAAUGCCGGACUCGGCGCGCUCGAGGGCGCUCCGCGCGAAGAGAUUGCCUUGUUCCACGCCAAGUCGGCCGAGCGUCUGUUGCUCAAAAAGGUCGUCCAGCUUGCGCGUGGCAGCGAUGCUCUGCCAGAGGGCAAGAAGGGCGCCCUAGGCGGACUGCACCAGGCGAGCCUCUCGUCGACCUUUGCGCCGGAUCUCGAGCUGGUGCGUAUCAAGCUCAUUGCCACCCACGUUCUGCUGGCCCACUACUACUACGGCAUCACCGAACAGAAGCGCGCCUUCCACCACGCCACCCAGGCCUGGACCCAUUGCCAGUCGUUGGACCUGGAUGCGCGCGGGGCCGCUCCCGCCGCGCCAUCCUGGUUCAGCUCAACGCAGAAGAGCGAGUGGGCGAAGCGCGCAUUCUGGGCCAGCUACACUGCAGCGACCGUCAUGUCGUGCACCGGCGGCUUCAACCCGCUUGCGGUCAAGCGAGACGCUGCAGAGGAUCUGUCCCUCCUGCCGGGCGCCGAUCAGGAGCUUGCCAGCUGGAAGGUCCUCGUCAAGGGCGCCCAGUUCGUUUCGCGCGCCUAUGCCACCCUCUUCGACCUCGAAGCCUUCAAGAAGGAUCCCGCCCACGAGCUGAUCGCGGGCCAACCGCAGCCCCGGCAGCACCAGCAGAAGUGGGAGGAGAUUUUCAGCAGGAUGCAAGGCCUCGACAACGACGUGAUGAACUACGUCCGACGCGAUCCGGCAUGGUCAGAUCGGACCUGCUUCGAGGUGACGGUGAUUGCUUCCAGGCGCACCGCUCUCUUUGAUGACGAGAACGACACCCGGCUAAAGCGGAGCCUCCGCAUCGCCGGCAAGCUCAUGACCAGCGGGGCGCUCAUCAUCUUGCAUCGGACCCAGGCCUUCGCCAACGCCAAGAUCUUCGUUGCGCCGACCUGCGGACUCCCGGGCACGUUUGACGAUUCGAGCGAGGGCAGUGCCAGUACCGACUCGAUGUGCGGCAGUCGGCAGCCAGACGAGAGCGCCGCUGUCGUCAGCAGCGGAGCGACGCCACGGCAGGCCCACGCAUCGGACGACAACACAUCGGCCAGGAAGCACGAGCAGCGCCCGAGCAGCGAACAGAUGAGUGACCGAGCCGCCAAGCGGGUACGGACGCGGCCCGGCAGGAGCCUGAGCAACAGCAGCCGGAGCAGCUCAAGCAGCGACAGCGGCGGCGGCAACAGCACGUCGGGCUCUGGGGCCGUCCUGCGCGUCAAGAAGAUCGCGCUGACAAGGCAGGGCAUCCCCGUCUCUUUCGCCGGCGGGCCCUUUGAGCCAAUGGUCUCGCUCGAGCGGUGCCGCUUUGCCGCCAGCGUCAUGUAUACGGAGCUGCCCAACAUUUGCGGCUCCACGUUUCAGCACGGGCGGAGGGAGAGCAUGGGUCUGCUCCCGGUCGAGGGCCUCAACCUAGGUCUUCCCGCGCCCAUCAGUCGCGACGAGUGGUCUGCGCCAUCGCUGCCGCCCUUUUCGGCGUGCUCGCUGGUGCUGGCCGCCUACGUCUUCCUGAUGGAGACGCUCCAUGCCCAGCUCUCUGCGGGCGGCAGCGCACCACUGGACGCGAUGCUGCUGCAGACGUCCAAGUCGCUCGAGGUUCCCUUCCUGCUCAACGCGGACCCGGACCGGGUGCGCCAACUGCCCCAGCUCCGAGGCACCGAGGCGCUGCAGCUGGCCGUCCGGCUGCGGCACGCCAUCACCGAGAUCGAACACGCGCUGCAGAAGUUCUCGAGGGCCUGGGAGGUGGCCAAGAACUACGUUCAGGAAGUCAGGAUCCUGCUCGAGGUCAACAACGGCCUCUUCCCCAUGCCGGCCUGA